AUGGGUUUAUUGAUGACUUUUCAGCUAUUGCAAUCUUUAGUCUUGCAAACUCAGGAACAUAUAAGGAUUAUUCAAUUAUUCAAACAGCUGAAACUUAUGUCCCAUUCUCAGAUUAACCAUUCCUUAUUGAUCUGCCUUAUAGCAAAAACAUUGGUGAAGGCAUGGUCUGGGGCUGUGUGUAUUACAAUGAGACAAGCUCUAAUUGGACUGAGUCGAACUGCAAGAUAG